ACGCUAAUAACCUGUCCUUUGCACUGCGUACUCGAGUUCUAUAAUUUCUGGUAUUCUGUUUCGUUGCCGCCUCCCUUCCCUGCGCUGUCAAACCCGUCCAUUACGAAACCGAUUCAUGUUUACUGUCUAUACUUAAUAAUGCGGUCCUUUUCCUCUCUCCCCAUCUCUUUACUUCUCAUCAUCUACAUACAAUGCGCAAUCGCACAAGAGAAGAAAUGCUACAACGCCGACGGAGAACUCGACAGCACAUAUGCGCCUUGCAAUCAAACCGCCACACAUAGCGGCUGCUGUGCUGUCAACAGAACCACUGGCUCCCCGGACAUCUGCUUAAGCAACGGGCUAUGCAUGGCAACCAACAACGAAUUCAUAGGCACCAUCUGGCAAGCAGCUUGUACGGAUCCUACCGGACAAGAUCCCUCGUGUCCCAAGAUAUGUCCCAGUAGUACCUACAUCUAAUGGAAGAACGGUAACAGCCUGGAACAUCCAAAUGUGCGAAUACGGCUCCUACUGCUGCCGUGAGGCCAGCGACACCACAAGCUGCUGCAACAACUUGACCCCC